CUACAAGCCACGCUGAACUGCGCUGGUUUGGCGUAUUUUGCGUUAUAAUCGUCGGGUAAUCGGGUUAAUUUCUUGGAAUGUUGUUAUUGUUGUUUUGUGCGUACUUGCCGACUUGCAGUGUGUCAGUAAUGGAGUUGUACUGCGGGGCUAUGCUGCUGUGAAGUUGAAGUUGCUAAGUCAUGGUGAUGUAGAAAUCGCGCAGCGCGCAUAUAAUGCAUCUACUGUGAUGUGAAUGCCCCACGUCAAUACGAAACGCGCAGCGUUCAGGCGCACACAGCACAGGAGCCAGCUUCAAACAAGACAAACAGAAGCCGCCAGAUCAUCCCUGAUGUCAUCUAUCUUGGACGCAGUGGAUUUAGAGGACAAAAAGUGAAGAAUUGCCAACCAAUGAUUCAUUCCUGAACUCCAGAACUAGAAGCGCAACACCAAAGGACCAAGCUGGAAUCUCAUGGACUAAAUCAGGAAUAUCUGCUCUAAAGAUGGAACCUCUGGACUAAACUAGAACUCCAUGGACUAAAUAGGAAUAGUUCUUAAACCAGGAAUAUCAGGACCAAAAGCUGAAAUAUCACAGACUAAUUUAGGCAUUUCUGGACUAAAAUUGGAGUCUCUGGGCUGAAUAUGGAAUUGCUGGGCUGAACUAGAAGUCUUUGGGUGAAAUCAGUAAUCUCAGCGACAUGACUGUUUUUUUCUGUGAUAUCUGACUGACUAGCGUUGAGGAUGUGUGUGUUGUAACAGGCUAGUCACUAGAUAGCUAUGCUAGAGAGGUGAACAUAUUAUCAACACAUUGACUCUGGAGGAAAUACUGCCAAUGGUGAUGGAUGGAAGUUAUAAUCAUCAAAUCGGACAAACGGAGGGGAUGUUGUGCCCCAGGAAGAAGCGCCUCACUAGGGAUGCAGAUUUCUCUGCCAUCGCGGUGCCAUCGAUGCGGGGGUCUGGGUACCUGGACUACACCAUAGAGACCCACCCCUCCAGAGCCCUGCAGGCCAUGGAGGACUUCAGAAGGCACGAGAUGCUGUGUGACAUCACCCUACACGUCACCUAUAAGGACACGACCGUUGACUUCAAGGUGCAUAAAGUGGUGCUGGCGUCCUGCAGCCCAUACUUCAAAGCCAUGUUCACCAGCAGCUUUAAGGAGUGCCACGCCUCCGAGGUGACGCUACGUGAUGUCUGCCCCCUGGUGGUAGGGAGGCUCAUUGACUUUGCCUACACCUCACGCAUCACCGUGGGGGAGAAGUGUGUGCUGCACCUCCUACUGGCCGCUAUGAGGUACCAGAUAGAAGACGUGGCUAAGGCUUGCUGUGACUACCUCACUAAAAACUUGGAGCCUGCCAACGUGAUCGGCAUCGCUCGGUUUGCUGAGGAGAUUGGCUGCACCGAGCUGCACCUGAGGAGCCGCGAGUACAUCAACACACACUUCAACGAGGUAACCAAAGAGGAGGAGUUCUUCAGUCUGUCUCACUGUCAGCUGUUGGAGCUCAUCAGCCAGGACAGCCUCAAGGUGCUCUGUGAGUCAGAGGUGUACAAGGCUUGUACAGACUGGGUGCGAUGGGACGUGGAGAGCAGAGCUCCGUAUCUCCACGCCCUCCUCAAUGCUCUCCACGUCUACGCUCUGCCUCCCAAGUUCAUCAAGAUACAGCUCCAGUCCUGCCCCAUCCUCAGCAAGGCCAACUCCUGUAGAGACUUCCUGUCUAAGAUAUUCCAGGAAAUGGCGUUGAGGAAGCCCCUCCCCCCUGCGCCUCACCGUGGAACACAGCUUAUCUACGUAGCCGGAGGGUAUCGGCAGCACUCUCUGUCUUCUAUGGAGGCCUAUGACCCUGGUAGGAACAUCUGGCUGAAGCUAGCUGACAUGGGCUCUCCCUGCAGUGGCCUGGGCUCCUGUGUGCUGUUUGGCCUGCUCUACACGGUGGGAGGCAGGAACCUGUCCCUACAGAACAACACUGAGUCCAGUUCCCUGUGCUGCUACAACCCCAUGACCAAUCAGUGGAGCCAGCACGCCUCCCUCAACACCCCCAGGAACAGGGUGGGGGUGGCUGUGGUGGACGGGAGCAUUUACGCCGUGGGGGGGUCCCAGGGGUCCACACAUCAUAGCACUGUGGAGAGGUAUGACCCAGAGGCGAACCGCUGGGUGUUUGUGAGCCCCAUGUCAGUAGCCCGUCUGGGGGCGGGGGUAGCAGGUUGCGAGGGGUCUCUGUAUGUGGUGGGGGGGUUCGACGGCCAGAACCGCUGGAACACAGCAGAGAGGUUCCACCCCGAUUCCAACACCUGGCACCAACUGGCCCCCAUGACCACUGUACGCAGUGGACUAGGUGUGGUGUGUGUGGACUCAUACCUGUAUGCAGUAGGGGGGUAUGACGGUCAUACCCAGCUCAGCUCCAUGGAGAGGUACAGUGUAACCAGAGAUGUGUGGGAGCCAGUGGCCUCCAUGCAGCACUGCCGCAGCGCUCACGGGGUCACCAUCUACCAGGGGCGCAUCUUCAUACUGGGUGGUUUUAACUCCACAGGGUUUCUGUCCAGUGUUGAGAGUUACUGCCCUGACACCAACCAGUGGACGUCCAUCACCAACAUGUUACUAGGACGCAGCGGAAUGGCCGUCGCAGUAACAAUGGAGCCCUGCCCCGGCAACCUGCCCGAGGAGGAAGAAGAAGAGGAAGUGACAUAGAGUUAGAGCGAGGAGACAUGACUCAUCAUAACUCUUUUUAUAUUUGACUCAACAUGGCGGCAGAGCAGGACUUGUUGCAGUAGAAUUAGAAUGAGUAGAAAGUACAAAGCUCUUAGAUCACUUUUAUCCAAAGCCACAAAGUUUGAAUUAAUCAGGAAUGUCUGUUCUGAUCAUUCUAAUUCUAUGUGGAGUCAGUAGGAAGUGGACCAGGGGGAGGAAGUGACCUCACAAUGACUUCAAAGUGACCUCACCAUUAUUAGGGUGCGACAGAGAAAGAGUUAGGAAUUAGAAUACUAGAAUGGGCAUGAACCUUCAUAUGAUGCCAUUAUAAGACACAUUGCCUGAAUCACUAAAUGGGCUGUCACUCCCAAACAGAAGACAAUUGCAUUGGUAACAAUUUAUUUUUAAAUGUAUCAACUUAAAUUUAAGGAACACCUAACAUUUACAAGACUGACAUGACUUAUUUCAACAACAGCAGCCAUUACACAUUCCAAGGGUACAUCCUGAGGUUAGAAUAAAACCUUUCGGCUACAAAGACCCAACUGACUGGAAUCACAGUGAAUUUAAGAGCCAUUUUUCAAAUUUUAAGAACAAACAGUUUGUGUUUUUAAUCAAGACACUGUCUUUCAAAGAUAAUUCUUAAAAAUCAAAAUAACUUCACAGAUCUUCAUUGUAAAAGGUUUAAACACUGUUUCCCAUGCUUGUUCAAUGAACCAUAAACAAUGAAUGAACAUGCACCUGUGGAACGGUCGUUAAGACACUAACAGCUUACAGACGGUUAGCAAUUAAAGUCACAGUUAUGAAAACUUAGGACACUAAAGAGGCCUUUCUACUGACUCUGAAAAACACCAAAAGAAAGAUGCCCAGGGUCCCUGCUCAUCUGCAUGAACGUGCCUUAGGCAUGCUGCAAGGAGGCAUGAGGACUGCAGAUGUGGCCAGGGCAAUAAAUUGCAUUGUCCGUACUGUGAGACGCCUAAGACGGUGCUACAGGGAGACAGGACGGACAGCUGAUCGUCCUCGCAGUGGCAGACCACGUGUAACAAGACCUGCACAGGAUCGGUAAAUCCGAACAUCACACCUGCGGGACAGGUACAGGAUGGCAACAACAACUGCCCGAGUUACACCAGGAAUGCACAAUCCCUCCAUCAGUGCUCAGACUGUCCGCAAUAGGCUGAGAGAGGCUGGACUGAGGGCUUGUAGGCCUGUUGUAAGGCAGGUCUUCACCAAACACCACGGGCAACAACGUUGCCUAUGGGCACAAACCCACCGUCGCUGGACCAGACAGGACUGGCAAAAAGUUGCGCUUUUGAGUUGCAUUUUUGUCUCACCAGGGGUGAUGGUCGGAUUUGCGUUUAUCGUCGAAGGAAUGAGCGUUACACAGAGGCCUGUAUUCUGGAGCGGGAUCGAUUUGGAGGUGGAGGGUCCGUCAUGGUCUGGGGUGUCACAGCAUCAUCGGACUUAGCUUGUUGUCAUUGCAGGCAAUCUCAAUGCUGUGCGUUACAGGGAAGACAUCCCCCUCCCUCAUGUGGUACCCUUCCUGCAGGCUCAUCCUGACAUGACCCUCCAGCAUGACAAUGCCACCAGCCAUACUUCUCGUUCUGUGUGUGAUUUCCUGGAAGACAGGAAUGUCAGUGUUCUGCCAUGGCCAGCGAAGAGUCUGGAUCUCAAUCCCAUUGAGCACGUCUCAGACCUGUUGGAUCGGAGGGUGAGGGCUAGGGCCAUUCCCCCCCAGAAAUGUCUGGGAACUUGCAUGUGACUCGGUGGAAGAGUGGGAUCACAUCUCGCAGCAAGAACUGGCAAAUCUGGUGCAGUCCAUGAGGAGGAGAUGCACUGCAGUACUUAAUGCAGCUGGUAACCACACUAGAUACUGACUGUUACUUUUGAUUUUGACCCCCACUUUGUUCAGGGACACAUGAUUCCAUUCCUGUUAGUCACAUGUCUGUGGAACUUGUUCAGUUUAUGUCUCAGUUGUUGAAUCUUGUAAUGUUCAUACAAAUAUUUACACAUGUUAAGUUUACUGAAAAUAAAUGCAGUUGACAGUGA